AUGGUCAAGUACGGUGGGCCUCGCGUCUGGGACAGCUUCCAUCUGCUGUGCAAUUUGUGCUGGCGGACGGGAGAUGUCCCGGAUGAUUGGCGAUCCGCGAUCAUUGUGCCUUUAUAUAAAGGUAAAGGUUCACAUUUUGACUGCGGGUGCUAUCGGGCGAUCAGCUUGACCAGUUUAGCAAGUAAAGUUUACUCGAAGGUUUUGACACGUAGGAUGCAAGAGAAAUCGGAAAGAUUCUUAUGGGAGGCACAAUGCGGAUUUAGACCUGGAAGAGGAUGCACGGAUCAAAUGUUUUCUCUCCGCAUGAUCACGGAGAAGCUUCUGAGUGUUAACCAGAAGAUUUUCUGUGCUUUUGUGGAUCUGGAGAAAGCAUUUGAUAAGGUUAUAAGGAAGAAAAUGUGGGAACUGUUGCCGGGAUAUUGUAUGGAUGGUCGAUUGUUAAGGGCUGUGCAGUCACUUUACUAUGACUGUAAAGCCUGUGUGCGGGUAGGGCAUGACCUGUCACCCAUGUUUAGUGUCCAAGCGGGCGUAAAACAGGGUUGUGUCAUGUCUUCCUGGCUGUUCAUACUGUAUCUCGACAGCUGUUUACAGAAGCUGAAAAAUAGCUGUUUGGGUGUGAAAUUGGGUGACAUAAAAUUUAAUUGUCUGCUGUAUGCUGAUGAUGCAGUGCUUAUUGCACCAUCAGAAGCAGAACUGCAGGCAUUAGUCACGUGUAUGAAAGAGGAAUGUGAAAUUAAAGGUCUCCGUUUGAAUGCUAAUAAAACUAAGGUUCUGGUAUUUGAAAAGGACGAAGAGAGAACGAAAUGUGAAAUAUGGGUAAAUCAGGAAUGUCUAGAACAGGUAAAUGAAAUUGUAUACUUGGGGAGUGCUUUCAGCCGGGAUGGAAGAUAUGAUUUAGAUGUGGAUAGGCGUGUCGCUGCCGGAAACAAAGUCAAUGGUGCCCUGAAUGCAUUAGUAAAAAAGGCAAGGCGUGGUGAAGAGUGCACGCCUUGCAAUACAUAA